AUGCGUAAAAUCAUUUAUUACUACUUAUUAUACUACUUAAAUUUAUUUAAUUCAAUAAAUAUUUCAAAUUCAAAUAUGUUGUUAUCAAAAUUAAAUUUAUUAACAUUAGAUCGUUCAAUCAAUAAAAUCAAUAUAUUAUUUUCAUAUUUUAUUCCAUUUAAUGAUAUGAUUCAUAUAAAAUCACGUAGACAAUAUUAUGGUAUUAUAGAAACGAAUUUAAUAAAAAAUUUACAUCAUUUAUAUAUUAAUCAUGAAAUUUAUAUUAAUUUAACUAAUAUUAUAGAUUAUUAUUAUUAUUAUAAUGAUAAUUAUUAUAAAUUAUCAAAGUUAAUAUUGAAUAGAUCUAUAACAAUGAAUGAUUUAAUACAAUUUAAUGAAAGAACAUUUCUUGAUGUAUUCAAAUUAAUUAUCAAUGAAAAUACAAUAAACCAUAUCGAUUAUUUAUAUUCUAUUCAUAGAAUUACUAAUAUAAAUUUGAAUGAUAAUAGAAAUUUUAUUAAAAAAGUUUAUAUGAAAUCAUUAAUACCAAAAAGAUAUAUACCUGAUCAAUCAUGGUAUAUUUUAUUAAUGCAGUCAUGGAGAUUAUAUUUUUUAUUCAUAAUUCAUAGUUCUAAUUUAUGGUUACAUUAUAAACCACAAAUUAUAAUAUAUCAAAAUGAUUUACCUAAAACAAUUGAUGAAUGGAGUGUUAUAUUUAUAUAUUUAUUAUGUUCAAUUUAUCAUUCUAAACAAUUGAAUAAAGAUUAUCAAUUACCAUAUGGUUUUUGUCCAAAUCCAUGUUUAAUUAAUCCAUGUCUUGAAGUGGUUAAUACAAUGUCAAGUAAAUGUAUAAAAACUGGAUAUUUUGAAAAUAGUUAUAAAUGUGAAUGUCGUAAUGGUUAUCAAUGGAAACAAGUUAAAGGAUAUAAAGGGUAUUGCGAAGCGAUCGAUCUAUGUGACAAAUAUUGUAACAAAGUUGGAACCAGGAAAUGUGAUAUUGUGCAAGACAGAUAUUUCUGUGUUUGUCGCCCUACUCAUAUGGGUUUAAACUGCGACUACCAACGUGAUCCAUGUGUGGAACUAGCUUCUAAUGUUCAUAUGGGAGGAAAUAUGGCAUGUAACGUUGCAAAUGGUGGUAUAUGCAAAGGAACUUUAGGGACAAACACCUAUCAUUGCCAGUUAGUUCAAUCAAAUUCAUGGGUUUUGAUUUAUUUAUGUAAGGAACAGUUUUACUAUUGACUGUUCCAGACAAUUCAAUGAUGCGUAAUCUAACUAAAAACUUACAGUUUUACAGAAUACAUAAAAAGACAACCAAAGUCAAAUUGAAAGAUUGUGGAUAUAUGGCAAAGAAUGUGAUUUUACGACUGAGUGGACUAAAAUUACUACUAAAUUAUGACGGUUUUUUUACAGCUAUAUUUGGUCAUGAAUUAAACAGUUUUGUAGUUCACAACACAGCGUAACAUAUUUUUGGCAAAAAUGGUACAUGUUACUUCCGGAACUGAAUCCUUUAAUGGGGAUUCAUGAUCGUUGAUAACCUUCUUGGUCCUAACGGAUUUAAAUAUCUGAAGACUUUCAGUCAAAUAUUCUGUUCACUUCCCAGCACACUAUUCUUAUGACGUCUCUAUGAUCCUGUAGAUAGCCAACCUAGUAUCUUGAUGUUCGUCUACGAUUAUAUACACAGUUACUUCCGACCAUCAUUGUUUUUUUUCUUUGUUUAUAUUACAGGUACGAUGUUUGGAAGAGCAUGGUAUCAGCAACGUUUAAUCCUGCUGUACCAAGUUAUUUACAAAAUAUGAUUAUAUCACUUUUAGGAUUAUCAGUAGAUGUAUAUGAUUGAUUUAUUGCCAUAUGCACGAGGAAAUAUAUAUUAAUGGACUUUUAAACAGUUAGUGCUACCGAAUGAGAUAUUUCCAUAUGGAAACCAAAGUUUUUAGUAACAUAAUUUGUUAUUCGAGCAUCCCCGGUUUUUUAUCAUGAUUUUUUUCUAAUUUUUUAAUUGAAGAAUAAAAUCAGAUACCGCUACGACAGGAAAAAAUGAAGUCAUUGGUUGUAUUAUGACCUUGACCUCGAUCCUUGAUGAAUCUCUUACUAUAUGUUGAUUGAUUUAUAGCCAUACUGAACGCUAAAUUUCUGUCAAACUAUUCGUUCUAAUAUCGAUGAAUAUUCGUAUAAGCUGUACUAAUUUGUUUGAGUAUUAUGUACCUAUGAGGCCACUCUAAUUCUCAAUUUCUGUAUUCCGUCCGUGUUUAUAAUUUUAAUAACCAAUGGGUUGGGAUUCAGUGGACAGUCCAAUGAGUGGAUUAUCAGAUCACCUUUAAUUAUCGAUUCAGUUGUUUCUUGAAGUUAGUUUCUCUGAUUCCACAGAAAGUUAGUUAGGUCUUGAAGCGAUACCAGUUUCAGUGUUUAUUCAAAGUCCCUUGAC